AUGGGUCAUUUUUAUGAUAUUGAUUAUGAGGCAAUCUCGUGCCUCACCACAUUUGAACAACUGAUUCAUUUGUGCCAAUGUCGGCCAGAUAAUGCUUAUCAUGCACAGAGCCAACAGCUACACCAGCAGCACCGGCAGCAUCUUCCAUCUUGUUUACCUGGCAUCAAUAAAUUCAGCAGCACAGAGAAAUGUACGCCAGACAUGGAAAACUGUCCUCACCUGGAUAACAACGUGACUACAAUUCCAUUCCCUUACAACCUGAUGGGCAUUCUUCCCAGGUGCCAGCAAGCAGAAAUGCUUUUCUCUGGAUACACUGUCAAUCGCUCUAUAUAUAGUGGUGACAAUUGGAAGAUUCCAAACAGUGUCCUAUUUGAAAUUUUCCUGGAAAAACUGAAGACAUCCCAUGGCCAGGAAAUAUGGCUUUCAUCUGAAGAAUGUCAGAAAUUUACAGAUUUACUACUUUCUCGGAAGAACGAACAGACCAUGUCUGCAUCUUCUCUCAUUGCAGACAAUCGACCAGUAAAUGAGGAGACAGGUAUUAAAACAGAAACUUCAUCAAAAAGCCCUGGGAUACCUCUUGACACUCCCCAAUCGGAGAACACCCUUGACGACAUCUUAUUCUCUACAGACACAAGCCAAAGUGUUGGCCCCACUAAGUGGAGAUGUUUUAUUCAGGACAUCAACUCGUCACAUAUGUUCCUUACUUUUGUACCAGCCUCUUUCGAAGAUCUACGCACACUGAAACCAGGCAUUCAUACAGCAACACUGCAUGACAAUUUAGAGAUUGUCGCUGUAAAUGAGUGGAACCCUUCUGUUCAAAAGACGAAACCUCAGGUUUACGAGGAAAUUAUCACCGGUCCAAGCCCAGUAGAUGAGAAGAGUGUCUUGGAAUUUGUCUCAAAUCCUUCCAAGAGCUCCUCUUCUUCCAGUCGGAAUCAAGAAAACUCGGCAACUGAUCCUAACCAAAACUCCUCCUCUCAACAAGUGGUCACACCAUCUCUGACGCCACACAGCAUACCCACUUCUCCUGGUAUCUGUAAUGUCUCUCCCUCUUUUACCCAGCAAAAUUUUAAACCCUGCUCGAACCUGCCUUCACCACAGCCAAACUCAUUUCCUGCCACAAAUGGGAUUCUUCCAUCUCCUGGGUUGCAGGCUGAAGCCAGCUCCCCAAAUCAGCCACAUUGUGUUUCAACUUCGGCCCAAUCCAUCACGGAAGCCUCAUCUUCAAAUCUCCCACCUGACAUAGAAAAUGAUAAUUCUCUGUUUCAAGAGAAAGAGUACUUCAUUUUACCCGUGUACAUAUAUGACUGUUCACUGUCGAAGAUCAUUGACUCUCUGGUUCAUAAAGGGGCAUUCACACUGCCCCCUGACAUUGUGGAAGAUCACACAAUUGGAGACAAUCUGUUUCAUGAGUACGAUCUUGGGGUUGGCAAGUCUCAGACCCCAAACAACUUGGACAUUCAUGAUGACAGCAGCGAAGGAGGACGACACAGUACGGCUUCACUUGAUCGACGCUCAAAUGACAGCAUAUCUGAUCACCCUGGCGAUUUCAAAAAACACCGUGAAAAAGUGACGGAUGUAUUCAGCAGUAGUUAUGUCAUUGGUAUAUUCCGUAAUCUAUCUGACGAACAUUAUGUUGACAAGAUGGAUAUUGACACUGCCAUUGACAUCUGUGAAGAGUCGCCUCCCUUGGAGAUCAAUAUUGUACAGUUUUUGCAUGCUUCCUGUGGCCAUCUCCGGCACGUCUGCAGUAAACAGAAAAAGUACGAUGAAGAAGGUGCCACUUCCUACUUUUGUGACGACUCACCUCGAAAGUCAGCUGUACGCUUUUCAGACAGGAAUGAAAGUUAUUAUGAUUCGCCUCAUCUGUUUACGGAACCCAACAUUUCUGACUCCAAGUCUUUCCAGCUUCCCUCAAUAAAAGUUCCAAUUCCAUUGUCGCCAAUGGAUGAGGGUCGGACUUGUGAAUAUGUCUCUGAACUCCACCAGAUUAUCUCUCACAAAUUUGCCGACACAAUGAGCACUUGGUUUAAACCGGUUCCAAGCUGUCCCGAUUACUACUUCUUUUGUCCGGAUCCUGUGACAGUCAAUAAUAAUGUCCCUGGAAGGACAGGAGAUAUGUCAGAGGAACAAAUCGGGACCACCAAUGAAUCAAUCAGUCAUAGCUGUACAACUGCUGAAGACACAGACAUUGUCCUUGAUUUAUCUGGACCGGAAUUGAAUACUGCUAACAAGUUCCCUGUCCUAACCACCAUUGACCCCAGCAAUUCAGAUUCAGAUGACCACUCGAUGUCCAGCAGUGGGGUAGAAUCUUCAGAUGCUGAUGACCCAUGUCAUCCUUUGUUUAUUAGUUUUAUAUGUACCCUCAAGCAAAACACUGACCAUCACAACAUUGUUGUGGGGACCAUUCCCACCUGUCUUGCUGAGAUCACAGGUCACCUGAUGGACAAACUGAGUGAACUGGAUUUGGGAAAUUUGCAGGUGACCUUUGACCUGUAUUGUUUGACCUUACCAUUGGAAAUGGAUCACCUACCCAAAAAGUUUCCCUUUAUUGGAUUUGCUGAUGCUGAUGAUGAUGAUUCCAGCCCUGAUGGAUUUCAGAAGAGAGACCCUUUUAGUUUUCUCCCGAAAUAUCAACAUGACGCCAUAAUGGACUGCAAGCAGGAGAUUGAGUGGCUGAUGCGGGAUGAAAUUGUAUGUGCCCUUCGCUAUGUUUACCCAAUAAAGGAAGACAAACUGCAGAUGGUUACUGAACAUGUACAGGAGUCAUUUCAACUGGGGAAGACAAGUUGUUACAUUGAAGAAGUCACCCCACAAUUUGUGUUUGGAUCAGAUCAGAGCCUUAGCCGAUUCCUUGAUGAGCUUCAGAGAGUAAAUAUCAAGGAUUAUCGUUUCAAGAAGGAAGGCUCGUUUUUUUACUUGGUCCUCACCCGAGCAAUGGCUGCCCAUUUUCUUGCUCUUAGCUCGGCUGUUUGUUCAUUGGAUGAUACUAACCAAACACCAGAAAAAACAACAAAAAAAUCUACCCCUGAUGACAGCAGGGGAAAACUUGCUGUUCCCCAGAAAAUUUUGUCCAGAUGUAUCAGCGAUUCCUGUCAAGACUGGAGGGACAGUUCCGGGAAAUCAGGACUUGAUGGACGAGAAGCUGCUGAUGUCUCAAUUCAGCUAACAAAUGAGGAAGGCUUGAAGGAAGUGUGUCCGCUUUCCCCUGAGAGGGUAGCCAUUUUUGAUGCCGAAGGCUGUCGCAAAGUCCAGCAUCAUACCAUUGCCAGCUCAGACAAAUACCUCUCUACAAUGGCUCCUGUCUCAGUGUCGUCGACUCCUGCUGUAGCUGCUGCAGCUGUUGUGCCUUCUGGAGCCAGCGGUAUGACUGUGAAACACCUGACCAGCUCUCCCAUGGCCCACCUCACCUGUAGGGCGAGGCACUCAUCAGCUCCAACAGCUGCCCAGAAGAAUGUUACAGGGGCUUCUAGUCAACCAUCAACCAUGCCAGCCACUCCAUCUUGGAUUUCCUCUCGUGGAAGUUUUACUGAAGAAGCUGGCUAUGAUGGUGAUUCCAGUGAUGGUGAUUAUAAUAAUGAUGAUGGUGCUUUCUUUAAUGAAACUGGGGGUCAAAGAUCAUCUAUGCCAAAUUUCUGGCUGGUCAUGAGAGUAGAACCAAAAAAAGUCACCCUCUAUUACCAUGUCAGAGGCCAAAAAGAUUCCAGCAUUAACCAGAGAGGCAAGCAACUAUUAAAGGAUGUGAGUGAUGUCAUUAUGGACACCUGUAAAAAAGUCAACCAGCUGUUUUUGUUACAAGACCUUUUCACAAUGCGAAUGUGUAAUGUCCUGCUGGUUCCUGAAGCUGAUGAGGACAUAUGCUGGACAAAAGACAGAUAUACUGUUCCAACAGGUAUGCAAGCUUUGCGUUCUGUGCUGUCCAAGUUAUCUGUGAACAACCGAAAGAACAUGUUUGUCAUGAAAGAUGGACUUGGCAAUUACUUUUAUGUCAGGUUGGACGAAUGCAAAAUAUCCAGUACAAGUUUAGCAGAAGAUGUGACAAACGGGAGACAGGAUUUUGAUAGUUAUCCUGAUUGUUCAACAAUUUCUCCCAUUUCAACUCCAAAGCGAGAUGAUGAUGAUGACGAGGAAUCCUCAAAGUCAUUACGAGAUGUAGACACUCUAUCGAUUUCUUCUAUGGGAAGUUAUGUGUCCAAGCGGUCAGAGGAUUACAUCAAGGUGUCCAUGCAUGGAAUUACACCUGCAGGAGAUGAAAUGACCGAGGACCUCCGGAAGAUGCUGCAAAACAAAUUGGAUGACACAGUCUUGGAUAUUAUUUCUGUGAUGUUGGAUCGGAACCCCAAAUGUAAACUAAACUUUGAGGAUGUCCGAUUUAUCCAAAGACAUAAGGAGGCACCAAAAGAUACCAUUUACGUCACGAUUCCAAAUGGCAGCCUUCAACAGUUGUUUCCCCUUUGUUACUACCUAAAGCAGAAUCUCCUUCAGUUUGUCCAUGUACCCAACUAUGUUGAUAAUCACCCAACAAAACACUUCAUUGACUACGCAAGUAGCGAACCUCAGGAAUUAAAAGAAAAUCAGGUGUUUUUAUAUCACAGGCCGAGUUCAUCUGGAGGCAAAGGAAUUGCAUGUAUAGCCAUGGCAUUUGUGGACAGCCGAGACCAAGAGGUGAAGUUUAUUGGGUGCCAAAAACCUCCAUCUCUGCCCUAUGAUGAAAUGGUACCCCCUGAAGAAUACCCAACCUUGAUCGAAACCUACCUCCUUGAGGAACUGCCACCACACACAUCUAAACCAGGCCUUGCACGUUUCAUCCGUUUCCGAAUCUGGGAGAGAGGGAAUGUCGACUUGCCGAGUCUUAAGAAGAAGCUGGUUACAUCGGUCAAGCAUGCACUUUGCGAUGUGUUUGCAGACAGUCUUUGGAAUAUUUCUACCACAACUACUGAUGGUUCCUCAGGUGGACAACAACACAAGAACAGUGAAUUACGCAACAUGUUACUCCAAUAUGAAAGUGGAGAGAAAGGAUUUCUUCACUCUGUCUUCUGGACGUCCCUUCCACGGUGGUUUGAUUUUUGCCAUACUUUGGGUGUCCCCGCUGUUAACAAGAUGGAGUUAGAGCUUCAAGCGCGGUUCUCGGUUGAUUUUCUCUUACGUGAACUUCCAACACAGUUUGCCAACAUCACCCGGGAUAUUAAUCUGAAGGUGUUUAAAUUGUCAAAGCUUGGAAACCUGGACACUUCAUUUGAUGUGGAUUGGGAUAACAAAGUGUCUCCUGGUAAACAGCAGCAGUUUGUGGUUGUUGGCCGUAAUGUGGAACAGUGGUCGUCCUGUGUUGACCACUACGAUGGUAGAGACUGCCCAGACGACAGUCCUUCAAGUCACACCAGUAGAGUGUCUCAUAGAGAACUACGAUUCAGUCCCUACCUUCCGAGUGGUUCCAGUACUAACCUUGAGAAUAGUCCCACAGAUAAAUACCACACCCUGUUUGUUCCGAGACAGCAUCUCUUGCUUCUGUUGAUCAAUGAUAAAACGAUGACAUUUUACUCAUACAAUGUUGCUGGGGACAUGACGUCUGGCUUCAAAAAGCUUCUUAGAAACAUGGUACAUUGGCAGAAUGCCCGAGCUCAUGUCUUGGAUUGUGUUGUUGUACAGAAAAUGGGUUUGUAUCACCACCAGCCAUUUGGAGAAUCACUACCCAUCAAGCAGCAAAAUCCUUUCACACAAUCCAAUAUGGAUAUCGACAUGCUGGUGAUGAAGACUUACCUUCCAAAGGAUGUAACCAAACGUAACAACAGUAUGAUAUCUGCAGGUAUGCCUUACUGCCCACAAAUGAUGGGAAUACUUCGGCCUUUUGAUGAGAUCUACCGGAACUUAAAGCCUGCUCAACCACUCCACCAUUCACCUUACAAUAACAAAUAUGAUGUUGUUCUGCGGCAUGGACAACAGGCACAAGAAAUCAGAAACAAUUACAGAAAAGACAUGGACAAAGUGUUAAAACUUCGAGAAUUACAUUCCAUGUGGUUCAGUAAGAACUUUGCAUCCAUUUCAGAAGACAUCAUUCAUCUGCUGAAGCAGUCCUCUCGGCUUCUUCAUUACUGUGCCACACCUCUUCUGUUCUCCCCAGCCUGGCGCCGGGAAGUGCUAAAGAGAGUGCCAUCCAAGAAGCCUGAGCCAACACCUUCACCGGUCAUCCAAGAAAAAACUGAUGUGAAAGUAAGAUCUCGUCACAGUUCUGGAGCAUCCAUUGCUAGCCUACUGUCUAAAAGACAUGACUCUUCCCAGGAAGGGAAGAAGAAGGACCGGCACUCCCAGGACUGUACUGACUCCCCCCAGCAGAGGCCAGCCUCAUUAGACUCACCCCAAGAGGAAGAAGACUGGCAUCGAGAAAUUCGAAAGAAGUUUUUGCAACAAUAUAUGCAACAUUUGCAGUCUUUAGGAUUUGUACAAAUCCAGACAAGGCCGGCUUCUCCCAAAAGAAUUAAUGGCCGAGGCAAUUUGCGAAAGCUGGCAUCUGAAGGUGGCCGGACUGUCCGAGAUGAAUGUGACCAAGGAAAGAAGGAAGUCUAUGACAUGCAAAAGACAUUAUCGGGUGGAAUGAUUUUGGUUGAACUCAACUUCUGUGAUCAGCAUUAUUAUGUGAAACUUUAUGGCUAUGAUUGCUCACGGAUGGGCGCAAAUGUCAAUUCUCAGAAUAGAUUUUUUUCUUUAUUUUUAAAAUUUUUUUCUUUAUUGCUUUCUUCUUUUUAUUUGUUUCUUCUUUCUCUUUCUUUCUUCCUUUUUACUUUCUCCUUUUUUUCGUCUUUUCUUUCUUUUGUCUUUCAUCUUUUUUUUCCUUUCGUCUUUUUUCUUUUUCUUUUUUUUUCCUUUCUUUUACAUUUUUCUGGUCUUGAUAAAAAGGUGUUUUUUUUCUGCAUGAAAAGGUACUUUUUCUUUUCCUUUCUCCUUUCUCUCCCUUUUCCUCUCUCCUUUCUCUCCCUUUUCCUCUCUCCUUUUCUCUCUCCCUUUUCCACUCUCCUUUUCUCUCUCCCUUUUCCACUCUCCUUUUCUCUCUCCCUUUUCCUCCUUUUUCUCUCUCUUUCCAAUAUCCUUUUUCUCUCUCCCUUUUCUCUAAACAGGAAUCCUUUCCACUCUCCUUUUCUCUCUCCCUUUUCCACUCUCCUUUUCUCUCUCCCUUUUCUAUUUUCUCUCCACCUUUCUAAAUUUCCUCUCUAUUUUUCUUUAGGUUUUAAUGUUCUCUUCUUUCUCCCUUUUCCUCUCUUCUUUCUCCCUUUUCCUCUCUGCUUUCUCCCUUUUCCUCUGCUUUCUCUCUCCUUUCCUUUCUCUCUGCUUUCUCUCUCCUUUCCUUUCUCUCUGCUUUCUCUCUCCUUUCCUUUCUCUCUGCUUUCUCUCUCCUUUCCUUUCUCUCUCCCUUCUCUCUCUUUUCUUAUCCUUUCUCUCUCCCUUCUCUCUCUUUUCUUAUCCUUUCUCUCUCCCUUCUCUCUCUUUUCUUAUCCUUUCUCUCUCCCUUCUCUCUCUUUUCUUAUCCUUUCUCUCUUUUUCUUCCUGCUUUUCUUUUUUCUCUUUCUCUCUUUUUUCCCUUGUCUGAUUAAAAGGCAUUUUGUUUUUUUCUUACUGAAUCUUUUUGUUUCUUUUCUCCACCCACAACCCUUAUGUCUGAUGUAA